AAGGGGCGUGCACGCGUGCGGCGCGCCCCCGCUGGAAAUCCCUCACUGGAUAAAAAGCGGUGCGCCGCGCGGGGUUGCUUGAGCACACGGUUGCGCUGCACGGCAGCAUGUAGGCUGCGGGGUAACGCGCAGUACAGCGGGCUUAAAUGGGCAAUCUGAUGGGCGGGCUGAGGUACAAGGAGCCAAGCACCGUGGAGGAGUGCGACUCGACAUGGGAAACGGAUUCAGAAAGCGAGGAGCAGCCGCAGGGGGCAGAGGAGGACAGCGGCAUCUCGGACAGCAUGAGCCCGAGCGAAACGGCCAAGUGCGCCGAGCAGAUGGACAGCUUUCAGCAGUUUGGUGACACAGCUGAGUCCUCCACUAAGAUGAAAAGAAGCCUUUAUGCUGCCAAGGACCUGUACAAGUACCGCCAUAGUUAUCCGAAUUACAAAGAGCCUCGACAGCUAAAUGAGUAUCGCAAUUUGAGGUUCUACCUGAAUAAGAUUCCUCUGGUACCAGACGGAAUAUAUGUUGAAGACAUCCUCACCAAAUGGAAGGGAGACUAUGACAAGCUUGAGCACAAUCACACCUAUAUUCAGUGGCUUUUCCCACUCAGGGAACAAGGCCUCAAUUUCUAUGCCCAGGAACUCACUCAGGACGAAAUCAAGGAAUUCCAGAACACUCGAGAGGCCAAACGACGCUUCUUGUUGGCGUACACCAUUAUGUUGGACUUCUUUGGAAUCAAGCUCUUAGAUAAGAAUGGAAAUGUAUCCCGUGCUCCAAACUGGCAGGACCGCUUCCAGCACCUGAACGAAUCUCAGCACAACUACUUGCGGAUCACGCGGAUUCUGAAGAGUCUGGGCGAGCUGGGCUUCGAGAGCUUUAAGCCCCCUUUGGUUCAGCUGCUUCUGCAGGAAGCUCUGGUUGAGGGCACGCUGCCCAACAUGCGCCACAGCGCCCUGGAGUACUUUGUGUACACGGUGCGAGCUCACAGGCAGAGACGCGCUCUGCUCCGCUUCGCCCAGCACCACUACCAGCCCCCUGAGAACUUCAUCUGGGGGCCCCCCAAGAGGAGAUGUUUACCAGGGGGCAGGGGGAGCAAAACAGAGCCUGCAGUGGAUUGGAGCACAAGCAAAGCUAGGUCUUCUAAGCAGGGAAGUCCAAACAGCCCCAGGACAGAGAAGGGGGAGUUGGAAGGGAGGGAAGCAGGGGAGUGGAAGACAGCGAAGUCGCCCAGAGGCAUUCUGGAGGGCCGUGCAAGGGUAGACACAGAGGAAUACAUUGAAACUCUCCCACUAUAAAACAGUGGAAUGAGGGGAUUCAGGGAAAGAGCCUUAGAAUAUUAGGAUCAGGCUUAUUUUGGGGACUAGGAAUGGGCUUGGCCUAAAGCAAUAUUAUUCCCUGCCUUGAUUUUCAGUGAUGAGCUAUAAGAGAUUUAUAACUCUUUGGCUUUUUGUAAAAUCUGUGAUGAAUUAAUAACAUUCAUUUUGUUUACUUUAAGGUUCACAGUAUUAGUUGACUUUUUUUGCGAUGUUGUUAAUCUUGCCUGACAUGUUAGAAGAAUCAUAGCACACACAGAGAUUAAUAUGUACAUAUGUGGUUGUUGCCUAAAUUGUUUUGAAUCUUUGCCUAUCCAGUCUUCCUCUGUGAGAAGUUGUAACUAGAGGUGGGAAGUAGUAUGUGAUAUUAUCACGAUACUUGAGUCAUGAUACAAUUGCGAUUACUUUGAUGAGAUGUUGAAGCAUAUAGGGAAUUAUUUUUGACACUCUAAAACAUUUUAUUUUAAGAUUACAGUGAAUUACUGGCACCUAGUCAUAAAUCUAACUCCAAAAUGACACUAUGAGAAAUACUAAUAAAAUCAGAAAGCACUGAAUAGAUUAAAUUGCUAACAAAAUUUUAUGUUUUGCCUUAUGAACAUUACUGUUUUUUGCAAAAAUAUGCUCAUUCCAAAUCUGAUGCCUGCAUCAUAGUCCAAAAAAAGUUGGGGCAGGAGCAUGUUUACCACUGUGUUACAUCACCUUUGCUUUUAACAUUACUUAAUAAAAGGUUAAGGACUGAAGACACCCACUGAUACAGUUUUGGAAGCAGAAUGUUUUGCCAAUAUUUUGUUAUAUAAACCUGCGCAACUGUGCAGCUCCAUCAUGGUUAUGUUUUGCACACGUUUUCAAAGGUGGACAGGAUUGGACUGCAGUGAUGCCAGUAUAUCUCCCACACUCUCUGAUUACGCAGCCAUGUAUUUCAUGUUGAAAUAAGCAUGGACAUCCCUGAAAAUGAUGUCAGCUGGGUGGCAGAGUGUGUUAUUCCAAAGCAUGUUCUGCAUUAAUGAUGUCUUCACAGAUGUGCAGGUUAUCCACUAAUGUCCUCCCAUACAGUAACUGACCCUAGCUUGUGAGGUUUAUACUGGUAACAGUCUGGAAGGUCUUUUUCUUCUUUGGAGAACACAACGUCCAUUAUUGUCACAAACAGUCUUAAAGUUUGGCUCGUCAGUCCACAAUACAUGUUUCCACUGCGCAUUAGUCCAAUUCAUAUGAACUCAAGCCCAGAGAUGUUGGCAGCUGGCUGUUUUUAACAUAUCAGUUCCACUGUGCAUAAUACAGACUUGAUUUGCAUUUGUGGAUGCAGUGAUGAACAUUGUUUAUUUACAGUGGUUUGUCAAAGUAUUCCUGAGCCUUUUUGAGUGCAAGGGUUUACAGACGUUCAGUUGUGGUUUUUGGCCUUAUCUUUUAAGAUUUCUCCAGAUUCCCUGAAAUGUUUCAUAUUAUUCUGCUCAUAAAGGACUCUGCCUUUCCUAGAUGCUCCUUUUAUGGCUAUGCAUGAUUGCAUCUCCUGUUUUAGAGGUUUUUUGAACAUUCCUAGUCUUAAAUUGACCCUGUCCAAACCUUUUUGGAAUGAGUAGCAGGCAUUCAUUUCAGAACAAUAAUACAAAAAAUAAUGAAGUUGUUUAACAUUAAAUUUAUUGCAUGUUAAUAAAUCACUGCUUGAAGUUUUUAUUUGCAUUUUUACUAUUGGCACAGUAAUGUACUGUACCAUGUUAACAGUAAAUAACAGUAAAAUAACAACUUUAUAUUACUGUGAUGCAGCUAUUUGCUCUUUAUUUUUACUUAACAACUGUAAAAAUAAUGCAACUCAGUGGCCAGUAAUGUACAUGUGAAAAAAUUUACUAGACCUUGAAUUUACUAGAUCUUUUAUUCUGGUGUUUGAAUAAAGUAAAACCUAAUAUAAAAUAUAAAAGCAUGAACAUAUUUAUUAAUCCAAAUAUUCAAAAAUAUCAUAAGUUGAUUUUACAAUUAAAUAAUGGUUACAGUUUUUACUGUAAAAGAUUUGUCUUAAAUAUUGUGAAAUCAUGGCAAUAUUAACACUGUGUAAAAUGUCUCCAAAAAGAAAACCUUUCUGUUUCACCUAAUUUACACUUAGUUCAUCUCACAUCAGUCUCACUUUAAUUUUGAUAUCUUUACACCCAGAGUGUUGAAAUACCAUGUUGUAUUGAUUAUUUCUCCCACUUCUGUUUGUGAGUGUACUUGAAGGUUAGACUUUCCGCCCAUUUUAAUGGGACUUUAACAAGACCUCAUCCUCUUGGCCUCGUCGUUUCCCCUCGGGGGUAUCCAAGGCCAAGUUGAGGGCCAUUAGAUGUGAGAUCUAGGGAGUUAGAUGUGUUCUCGGAGAGGCGAGGGAUCGAGCGUCAGCUUCUACUAAUGCGUUUCCCUUUUCAAACCAAAAAAUAAUGGCAGAUAAGGCUGUUUAUAAGCCAUAGCGCUAAACUACUAUAAAAUGCUUAAUAUUUCAAAACCAUAAUAUUCAAUUUUCUGGGCUUUAGGUUACAAACUACUUCAUAUGUCUUACAUGACUGCUCAUACAACUUGAUCACUUUACCCACAAAUGUUAUUUAUGUUAUGCUCAAACUUUGAGCUUUGUUUUACUUCGAAAAGUAGUAACCUGUGUAGCUAGUCAAAGUGGGCAAUUAUGUCAAAAUAAUAAUUGAAAUGGGAAAUUUGAUUGAGACUUUUGAUUCUGAUUCUCAGAGCUGUGUGAAAUGACUUUGCAUUUAUAACUCCUUGUAGAAACAUAUCACUUAUUUGAGGAGUAUGUGUUAAUGUAAGUAUUGCAAAUGUCAGUGCUUUCAUAUCUGGAUGUAAAUGUGUGUGUUUCUCAGUGUGGGGCACAAACCAUCUCUGUAAUCCACAGUUUGUGUCUUGCAAUAUUAAGUGCCUCAGUGUAUGCGCUGCCUCUUGAUGGUUCAGCCUUUUUCAGCACUGUUUAAUAAGGACAAUCAGGAGAUUAUCACCUGAUCGAGUAUAAAAAUCAGGCUGCCAACCUCCAAGAGAGCGAAUAAAUGUGUAUUGGCAUGUGAGAUAUUGAAUGGAUAAUUUCUGUUAUUUAGCCACACACAUAUCCUAACAUAACCACAUAACAAGAUGCCUGUGUGAAUGUAUGUGUAAAUGUGUCUUAGACUUUUUUUUUGUUCUAGUGUACACCACUGUAUGCUCUGUGCGGAACUUAUUGCUCAAAAGUUUGAAAACAAUUUUAUCCAAAAACGUAUAUAAUCCAAUUUUGAUAUGGAUAUUAGUUAUAAUAUGAUGCUAGCCCUAUGCAAAGUGGAGUAAAGUGCAAAAAGGUAACUUUACUCUCCAGAAUAGUGACUUGAAAAUGAUAAUAUAAUGACUGUAUACAUUUAUGAAAUAUGUUAUAAAUAUCCAGCCUCGUAUAUGCAAAAUGACCAAACUAGACAGUUAAUAGGCCAUUGUUGUUUCCCAAAUACUUUAAAUACUGAAUAAAAUAUGUAAAAAUCCCAUUGGGUAUGUGCUAUGUGUAUAAUUAAAAUCUUUACUGCAUGCACUGUUAUUGGAUAAAAUAACCAUUGUUUCCAAACUUUUAAGUGGUACUGCAUAAGUGUAUGUGUGCGUGCAUGUUUAAAUAUCUAGCCUACCUUUCUAAGACAGAUCAACACAAAAAGGAAGUGUAUCUCCUGAUAGACGCGAUGAAAAAAUAUUGUGUUAAUUAACUUACUUUAGAUGUACACAUUUGUUUCACAUGAAGGAAAUACAUAUAACACAAUUCUUGCCAAAAGUAUGUAAAAUGAACAUCAGUAAUUUAUUUCAUUCAUGUGGAAACAAUGUAUAUAUUUAAUCAAGUGAACUCAAAGAUGCAUUUUUUUCAUGUCUGCUUGGUACAGGUACAUAUUGCAUACUGUUUCCUCUUGCACAGUUCAUAGGGAGAGCAUAGCCAUCUGUUUCCUGCCUCCCUCUGUGCUGCAUGAGGUUCUAAAGAACUAUUGCAUUAGUGCACUGAACGCUUCUCAACACAGUGUUUCUCACUUUGUCUCUUUCUUACUCUUUCAUGUCACUUAUUUGUGUGGUAUGUUUGAUGUUUUAUAAUGUUUUGUAUAUAAAAAUGUGAGAUUCUUUUGGGGCCAGGGGGGUCUUUUUAAGGUCUCCUGCUGUAAUAAAGGGCAGCUAUUUCAUGAAAUUGA